AUGUCGUUGAAUGUGCAUCACUUGGACGACCGACAAUGUUCCGUUUUGCAAAGGACAGCAUGUAGCGAAUUCACGACACACGUGAUGAAUUUGCUGCGUGAGCAGAGCCGAACUCGCCCGAUCACACCAAAAGAGAUCGAGCGAAUGGUCCAGAUAAUCCACAAGAAGUUCCAGUCCAUCCAAGUACAACUGAAGCAAAGCACAUGUGAAGCCGUCAUGAUUCUGCGCUCGCGAUUUCUCGACGCCAGUCUCGAGUGUUACACAAUACCCGUUUCAAGCAGCAACGAACAUUUGAUUAUCCUCGGCAACUUGAUCCGAGUGUCUUCGUCGUAUUGA